CCUGAGUUUGGGAUAAUGGAGAAUACGAUCAAAGAGUGUGAAGAGCCCGAGAUCAAAGGAGAAGACAAAUAUUGUGCAACUUCAUUAGAAUCGAUGAUUGAUUUCAGCACUUCAAUGCUCGGGAAAACCGCCCACGCAGUCUCCACGGAGGUACAAAAAGAAACUCCGUUGCAGAAGUAUAGUAUUUCAGGAGUGGAGACGAUAGCCGACGGCAAAGCUGUGGUGUGCCAUAAGCAGAACUACGAGUAUGCUGUAUUUUACUGCCACAAAACAGACACCACGAAAGCAUAUAUGGUGUCGAUGGCCGGUGCUGACGGCACACAAGCAAAAGCAGUGGCAGUGUGUCAUACUGAUACAUCGGCAUGGAAUCCGAAGCACUUGGCCUUUCUAGUGCUCAAGGUUAAACCGGGAACUGUUCCGAUAUGCCAUUUCCUUCCGGAGGAUCAUGUUGUCUGGUUUUCCAACUAGAUCU